CCAUCGGACCUCUCUCAACCUCUCCAGCUACUGCUCAGGUUUCAUCAGGUGCAACCCUGCAGACCGACAGCUGCGCCUUCUGUUGCCCGCUUCGAACCGCACGCAAGAGUAAACCCCUUUUGCUCGCAGAAUGCUGGAGGCCAUAUUUGGCAUUUUGCUGCUGCUGCUGUCAGCAAUCGUUCCCGCACUUUGUCAGGACGGACACUUGCUAGGCAUCGAUCCCGACAUCGCAGAUGAGUUCAUCAUGCCAUACUACAAAAUUGAGACAAAGGUUGUGGCAGAAUGUGCAGGUCGUACGACGACGAUCACUCCCGCGUUCUUUGAGGUCGUCACCAUCUCAAAAGCGAAGCAGCAGCUCACACAGAAGCCUUUCAACUACUGAAUCUGCGGGGUAUAGAGCGAGACGAGCAGGGUCGGCCGACAAGAGGCAUUUGGAUCUACUUUGUCAAUGCUGACGGUCAGCCACAGCGCAACUGGA